UUGUAAGAUAGACGGAACUGUUUUGCUGAAGGACCGGUAAAAAUCUAACGUGUUCCAUGUAUCAGGUCUAUAAUCAAAACUAAAAAAACUGUUAGGACGCUGAAGAUAUGUCUGCACGAAGCUACGGUGCCUGUGUCCUCUGUCGUAGGACGUCUGUUAUGAAUACGGUGUUCAGGAGAAUGAGUGCGGCUGCACACCCGCGGUCUCAGGCAGAUUUCCUGAAAGGGAAAAAACACAGGAAUCAUCCAGGCGUGACCAACCUGAAAACUCUGACACUACCUGAGGAACUCCAAACAGCUGCACAGUCCAUUAUUCAAAGAGCGGAGAUGACUAGACUGCCUGAACGCACUCGCACCCUCACAAACUUCCUGUGGAGCAGAAAACGCCCAGUGGAAGAUGUGCCUCUAAGGAAAAAAGCUUUGAGUCUGGAGAAACAACUUUGGGAGAAAGCUCUAGAGAAGAGAGGAGAUAUAGAUGAACAAAUGCUGGAAGAACGCAUCAGGAAAAAAGUAUUAACAGAGCUUAAAAAGACAACGUAUCACUGGACCCCAAUGAAGUAUGAUGAAGAGUUGGGUGUGGUGUACAUGGCAGCUCGGCUGGCUGGGGGCUACGCAGCAGUGAGGAGAGCUAUAAAUGAGAUUAAGAAGAGCAAUCCCGCGUUUGCCCCUCAGUCUCUCCUGGAUUUUGGGUCAGGGCUUGGAACUGUGGCGUGGGCAUCGCACUCAUGCUGGGGCGACACUUUGAAGGAGAUGGUGUGUGUAGACAGCUCUGCCCCGAUGAACAUUCUAGCAGAACGGCUUCUUAAAGGUGAUAAUGAAAGAGCUGAGGCUCACAUUAAACAUGUCUACUUCAGACAGUUCCUCCCUUUGUCUCCUAAGGUGCAGUUCGACCUGGUCUUUGCAGCCUUCACCUUGUCUGAGCUGCCCAGUGCAAAGGAGCGUGAAGAGGCAGUGGUUACACUGUGGAGGAAGACGAACGCUUAUCUGGUGCUUGUGGAAAAUGGGACCAAAGAAGGCCACCAGAUGCUUAUGGAGGCCAGGGACACAUUGUUACAGAAACAAGAGAAGGUCGUCCACGACUCUAGACCAGCUUUAGUGUUUGCUCCGUGCUCCCAUGACCUGAUGUGUCCUAAAUUUACCCACGAGCCAGUCAUACCCUGCAACUUCCAACAGGCGUACAAACCUCUGCCUCUUUCUGGGCAUAAUGACCAUCGAACGGAGAAGUUCAGCUACCUGAUUAUGACUCGCACAGAACCAGCUCAGCCAAAAACAGAAGGCGUGGACUGGGCCAGGCUGAUCGCUCCAGUGCAGCGCAGAGCGAGGCAUGUUCACUGCCGCAUGUGUUGCUCCGAUGGGCAGCUACAACAUGUGGUGGUGACAGCGAGAAAGCACAGCAGAGACAUGUACCGCUGUGCUCGGAGCAGUGACUGGGGAGAUCAACUGCCACUUGUUAACAAGGCGGAGGAUGACGUCCAGAGUGAUUCAGAGUGAAGAUCCAAACAGAAGCAGGAACUGCGAUAAAACUGUUCAUUAGUUAAAACGUGUUCAUUUUCUUACAGGACCUCACAAGACUGUUAUAAAAUAAAUAUUCAUAUUUCAGUCUUAAUGUA